CGUCAUCAGAAAGGGACGACGUUGACGCGAAAGAGUGGCGGCGCGCAUCGCUUAUAUUUUUAGCUUGUUUUUGUACAAUAAGCUGUAAUUUCGAAGUUAAACGAGGAACCAAAGAGGCUGUUUGUACUGAGAGCUGCACACUGCCUCACUACAUCAUCGUGUUCGUUGACAACGUUAUCCGGAUUUGAAUGGACGAUCGUAUUUGUAGACCCAAGUAAAAAGCAGUUAUGUUCCACAAUAGUUCACACAGAAAAUACUGGAUUUUUAAGAGUGAAGAUGAAAUUGAGCACAUGAGAUACAAGGCAAAUCAGAAAUUCCGUAAGAAAACACUAGAAAGCGGGAAGCCUGGGGUGAGUGAGUCCGCCUUCCUGGGUCGCCAUGAGGAAGACGUUUUGUUCAGACACUAUGAGAGGAGGAUGCUGGACUUCUGCAAUGCUUUCAAGCCGGCCAUGCCCAAGUCUGUCGUGGGUACAGCCAUCAUGUACUUCAGAAGAUUCUACCUGAACAACUCCAUCAUGGAGCACCACCCUCGCAUUAUCAUGCUGACAUGUGCAUACCUGUCUUGUAAAGUGGAUGAGUUCAACGUGUCUAGCACCCAGUUUGUAGGCAACCUUCUGCAGGAGAGCCCCGCAGGGCAGGAGAGGGUCCUGGAGCAGAUCCUGGAGUAUGAGCUGCUGCUCAUCCAACAGCUCAACUUUCACCUGGUGGUCCACAACCCCUACAGACCCAUGGAGGGCCUGCUCAUUGACCUCAAGACAAGAUACCCCACACUGGAGAACCCAGAAACACUGAGGAAGAGUGCUGAUGACUUUCUGACCCAGGCGGCCAUGACCGACGCCGGUCUGCUGUUCUCUCCCUCUCAGAUCGCUCUGACGGCUAUUCUGAACAGCGCCUCAAGAGCUGGACUCAGCAUGGAGAGCUACGUGACUGAAUGUUUGGGACUGAAAGGGGACAAAGAGACUCUCUCAAAGAUGUAUGACUCAAUGAGACGGAUGAAAACCCUCCUCAAGAAGUAUGAACUUCCAAAAGCAGAUGAGGUUAAUGCCUACAAACAGAAACUGGAGAGGGUUCAUGCUGAAUUUGCCACCUCAAGCAACAAACGAAAGAGAGGAUAUGAAGAAGAUGGUCAUGUUGCAAAAGAACCACGUUUGACAGAAGAGGAAUGGACUGAUGAAGACCUAUUAUGAGUAUUUACUUCAAAGCUUGUUUCAGAUUGAAACAAAAUUCUAAGUUAUUGUACUACUUAAUUCCAGUGUUGAGCUGUAAAGGUUAGCUGACCAAGCCUGGAAUAGAAUGGCACAGUCAGUUUGCAUAAAUGUACCUUAUUAUAUAUUUACUUUUCUACAUGGUAACAGAAACCUGGAUUUGCCUUUGUUCUGCAGGAAGAAUAAAGCUAUUUUUCUACAUGUUA